UUAUUAAAAAGAUGUUACCAGAAAAUGUAAAUUAUAUUUUAUAUUUUACAUUCUUUGGUAUAUAAUUAAUUUAAAGUGUUCCACCAAUUAAUGAAUUCAAAUAUUUAGAAAGUUGUUGAAUUAAUACUUAUACCUUUAUAAUCAAAAAUAUCGAUAGAUUAUCAUCGGCAGUAUACAAUUUUUGUUAUGCUCACUAAACACCGAUUUGACAUUUCCACCUUCCUUUUCUGCUGUGAUUCCUUUAACAAUUUUGCACAUUUUACAUUAAAAAAAUAUAAAAAAAUUUGAUUAAUAAAAUUUACAUCGAUAAUGUCUGAAACUGAAAUUAAUGGUACCGAGGAGGAGGUGCAGGAUAAAAAGCAAAAGAAACAAACUCGUCAUGACGGUGGUGCUGCCGAUUUAGAACGCGUUACAGAUUAUGCGGAGGAGAAGGAAAUUUCGGCAGCGCACAUAUCCAGUGCAGUAGAGCAAAUCGGCAACAAACGCAGCAAAGAAGAUGAACGUAAGGUGGCCAAAGAGAUGGAGCUGCUGAAGGUGCAUGUGAAAAAAGAGGACAUUGAACUGAUUAUGAAUGAAAUGUUAAUAUCACGCACACAGGCAGAGAAAGUACUGCGUGAACAAAGCGGAGAUGUAGUUGCGGCGUUAGAGGCAAUAAUCGCUAACUAAUGUUCUUUCAACUGAUAAAUCACAUAUGAGAACAGUUGUUUGUACUAUUAAUAUUUUGUAAAAAUAAAAGAAAUGUCAUACUAGAAU